AUGUUGGAUGGUAAUACUCUCGACAUUCCACCUGUAACCCCAUCUCCGGGGAUAACCACCGCAACAAUGGCUGAUAAGAAACUUGCGGGAAACGAUGGUAUGCAGGAAGAUAACAAUCGAAAGAGGAAGAGAGACCUUGACUCUGAGGAAAACGUAGCAAAGGAUACAAGAAUGGUUCUUUUGCCCUUUGAGAAGAAGUUACCAAUUUGGAAGAGAUUUGAAGCAAUGGAGGUUUUCAAAACAUUCCCUCAUUUCAGCCCAUUGUUGGAGACUAGAAAAGAAUUUCGUGAAACGUAUGCGGUUGGUAUGAUGUUUACCUUUUCUAGUUUAGUAGAAGCAGUCAAAGGUGUGCAAGCCGAAGACCCCAUAGACUCACUAUCUAGCCUCAAGGACUGCUUUUCUGAGUUAAAGAAAUACGGCUUCGAUGUAAAAGAACCCGAGUUGCAGAUCAGUAAGCUCUUGUCUCUCAGAGAUUGGCAAGCAAAGGAAAUGGAGGGUGCCGAGAAAGACAGAAUCAAGGUUGAGAACGAACAAAGGCUGAAGGAGGAGGCGGUCAAAGAGAUAGCUGAGAUGGUAAAGGAACUCCAGCUGGAGUGCCCGCCCUGGGUUACAUCCCUUCUGUUGGGGCCCUGGACCCCUUUCGAGGGGAUAGUCGGUUCCUGUUCGGGUUUGAUCCUCGGAAUAACUGGAUACAGCUGCACAAAACUCGGAUCAUCGGUUCGGGCCCCAGGACCGGUCGGUGACCGUUCGGUCGGCUCCUCAUAUCCUCGUAAAAUGGCCAAGUCCAUAUGUUAUAGUCAAAGGGAAAUAUUUUAA